AUGUUGUUAGCCUUCCUCAGAUUUGUUACGCCUCUCCUAGUUUGGCCCAUUAUUGCGGGUAAAAGAGGAGGCAGACCAAGACCAAGACCACCACGAAGGAAAAGCGGAACGCGGCCCUCCCGCCCAAGGUCCGGCAAACCGAAGUCGAGAGCAAAGCCAAAGAAAGGAAAACAGCCGAAGUCGGGGGCGAAAAAGGGAAAGUCUAAAUCCAGUAAAAAGGAAGGGAAGAAGAAAGCAAAAUCAAAAAAGGAAAAAAAGAGGGGAAGCGCAAGAGAGAAGAAAGGUGCUGAGGGCUCUCAAUUGCCCGAAUCUGCUGAUGGUGGAGACGGAAGUACACCAGAGUCCAAACCAGCUGAGGAGGAUAAAGUUGAAGAAGCUGCAGCUGGCGACGAAGAAAAAACACAUGAAGAGCGGAUGACAGCGGACGAAAUGAUGCAGAUGAAUGAAUACGCAAAGAAAAGCGAUUUUCAAGCCGCUAAAGAAUUGAAUGCAAAAAUUACCAUUGAUAUGUUGAAGAAAGAAGAUGGGGAGCAGUACUUUACUUCGGGACGAUUUGGAGCAGUAUUUCUGUUGCCGGGCGUGACUGAGCUACCGAAAAGCGAAGCGGAAUCAGAAGCACAAAGUCAAAUGAAUUGA